AACCCCUCUUACCCUCUCUUAGGUACAGCGUCCUAAGCUCCAUCGCAGUCCCCCCACUAGUGAGUGGGCAAUACUAUGGUAGCUACGACCUCGUACAUGCUGCCUCACCUGGGUAACAACCAAGUUCUAAAAGCCUAAGCCAGCAAGCAGCACCAAUAUUUUUUUGUAGAAAAAGCCAUACGCUACCUCCCUACCGUCUUCUGUACUUUUAAGUUGGUCUCCCCUUUUACCUUUUAAAAGUCCCAACUUGAGACUUUUCCUUCCCCAAACCAAGUUCUGGAAACUCUAUCCUUUCUUCUCUCUUCCUCUCUCUCUCUCUCUCUAAUCCUAAUCCCCCUCCCAAUUCCACAAGCUCACCGCCAUUGACUUUCGUUUUACCAUUGAUACCCUUGGAAUCCCAUUCUCCUGCAGCUUGCUAGAGAGAGACACACAACCACAAUCAUACAUACUUUGUUUAAGCUAAAGAAUAUACACCCAUUCUUGCUUUGCAACACCGAUCUCGAGGCAAUAUGUGUGGAAUUUUCGGCUACAUCAACUACCUGGUCGAGAAGGAUAGGAAGUUUAUCCUUGACACCCUCGUCAACGGUCUCUCUCGCCUAGAAUACCGUGGAUAUGACUCGGCCGGUUUAGCUGUCGAUGGUGACAAGAAGAAGGAAGUGCUUGCUUUCAAGGAAGUCGGCAAGGUCGCCAAGCUCAAGCAACUUAUUGAUGAGUCCAAACCAGACCUCACCAAAGUUUUCGAUUCACAUGCCGGUAUCGCCCAUACUCGAUGGGCUACUCACGGCCCUCCAUCUCGGCUGAACUGCCAUCCCCACCGAUCCGACCCCACAUGGGAAUUCUCAGUCGUCCACAAUGGCAUCAUCACCAAUUACAAGGAAUUGAAGACCCUCCUUUCCGCAAAGGGCUUCAAGUUCGAGACCGAGACCGAUACAGAAUGCAUUGCGAAGCUCGCGAAGUACCUGUACGACCAACAUCCCCACAUUGACUUUGUCGACCUUGCGAAGGCUGUCAUCACCGAGCUCGAGGGUGCUUAUGGUUUGCUGAUCAAGUCUGUCCACUACCCCCAUGAGGUCGUUGCUGCUCGCAAGGGUUCACCCCUUGUUAUUGGUGUGAAGACCCAGAGGCGGAUGAAGGUCGAUUUUGUCGAUGUAGAAUACUCCGAGGAGAACGGUGCUCUGCCCGCCGAGGCUGCUUCGCAGAACGUUGCCCUGAAGAAGCAGACGGGCAACUUGUUGGCUCCUAACUCUUUGCUUGGCGCCCCCGACAAGUCCCUCCUCCACCGCUCGCAGUCCCGCGCUUUCAUGACUGACGAUGGCUUGCCCAUGCCCGCGGAAUUCUUUCUUUCCUCUGACCCUUCUGCUAUCGUCGAGCACACCAAGAAGGUCAUGUACCUCGAGGAUGACGACAUUGCCCACAUUCACGAGGGCUCGCUGAACAUUCACCGCCUCAAGAAGGCUGAUGGUAGCUCUAAUGUCCGAAACAUCCAGACCCUGGAGCUCGAGCUCCAGGAGAUCAUGAAGGGCAAGUUUGACCACUUUAUGCAAAAGGAAAUCUUCGAGCAGCCCGAGUCGGUUGUCAACACCAUGAGAGGUCGUCUCGAUAUCGACAACAAGAGUGUUACUCUUGGUGGUCUGAGAUCCUACAUCGCGACUAUUCGCCGGUGCCGACGAAUCAUUUUUAUUGCUUGUGGAACAAGUUACCACUCUUGCAUGGCUGUCCGAGGUAUCUUUGAAGAACUCGCCGAGAUCCCAAUCGCCGUAGAAUUGGCUUCCGAUUUCCUCGACAGAGAGGCUCCCGUUUUCCGUGACGACACUUGCGUAUUCGUUUCUCAGUCUGGUGAGACGGCCGACUCUCUGAUGGCCCUUCGAUACUGCCUGGAGCGUGGUGCUCUUACCGUUGGUAUUGUCAACGUUGUCGGUUCCUCCAUCUCUCUCCUCACCCACUGUGGUGUUCACGUCAACGCUGGUCCCGAAAUCGGUGUUGCUUCCACUAAGGCUUACACUUCGCAAUUCAUUGCCAUGGUUAUGUUUGCUUUGUCUCUUAGCGAGGACCGAGCCUCCAAGCAAAAGCGACGUGAAGAAAUCAUUGAGGGUCUUGGCAACAUUUCCGACCAGAUCAAGCAUAUCUUGCAGUUGGACCAGUCCAUUAAGGAACUUUGCUCGAAGACGUUCAAGAACCAGAAGUCUCUUCUACUUCUCGGACGUGGCAGCCAAUACUCCACUGCUCUUGAGGGUGCUCUGAAGAUCAAGGAAAUAUCCUAUCUUCACUGUGAAGCUGUUAUGUCUGGUGAGCUGAAGCACGGUGUGUUGGCUUUGGUUGACGAGAAUCUUCCCAUCAUCAUGAUCUUGACUCGCGAUGACCUCUUCAAGAAGUCGCUCAAUGCUUACCAACAAGUCGCUGCCCGUGGCGGAAAGCCUAUCGUCAUCUGCAACCCCGGCGACGAGGAGUUCAAAGCUAGCGAAGCCCAGAAGAUCGAAGUUCCUAAGACUGUUGACUGUCUGCAAGGAAUCCUAAACGUUAUUCCUCUGCAGCUCAUUGCUUACUGGCUUGCUGUCAUGGAGGGACUUAACGUCGACUUCCCUCGUAACUUGGCCAAGUCGGUUACUGUCGAAUAAGCUUGUUUAUCUGCAUGAUUUAGACUUAUUCUAGGCUGGAAUGCGACAUGACCCCGGAGUUGGCUGUAAAAAUGAAUACCAUAGUGGGUGGAUAGUUUUUUAGUCUCACUUGACAGGAUAUCGUUGUUCUUAUAGCAAUAACAUGACGGCGGGAUUGAUAUGAUGAGGGGGAUGGUCAGUUGCUAUCUCCCGUAAACCCCAACGAUGCACAUUGGCCCCCACGCCAGAAUGGGCGUGGGACACGUACUACAGAAGUAGAUAGACGAGUAACCACGUAUGUCGGCUAGAUAGGCCAUUCUAGACGGAGACAACUGGUAAUAAAGAAGAAAAAAAAGGUUGACAACUAUCAUAUACAUUUUGAGACGCUUGGGUAUAAUGAAAUACAAGUAUCAUUUGUUUUG